AUGCCUUCCAGUUGCAAAGAUUUGAAAAAUGCUGUUGCGAUUUGCUUACAGCGAUCCCCUUGUGUUAUGAUUGAUAGAAACACUCCAAAACAAUGUAUUGAAACUGAAGAACUGCGACGCGAACUUCCAGAAAAAUGUCGACUUCAACUAGCAUCAUUUUAUAAGUGCAAACACGGACUUGUGGAUAUGAGAAAACGAUUUCGUGGAAAUGCACCACUUUCUACAGGCCGUUACGAUGCAGAACUUGCCAGAUUAUCAUCUGGAAAUUUUAACGUUGAAGAAGAACAAGCCAAACUUGAAACUCCACUUACAGUGAAAAGCCAUGCUUCAGGAAUAAAACCUACAGAUAGAACUAAGGAAGCUUAA